UCUUUUUAAGUUCACCAUUCUCACUUCCUUAGAUACCUCACUUCUCUCUCGUUUUCUCUAACUACACUUCUAUUCUUUCUUCUUCUUUUUCUUCUUCUCGAGCAAUGGCAUCUCAUAUUGUUGGAUAUCCACGCAUGGGCCCCAAGAGAGAGCUCAAGUUUGCUUUGGAGUCAUUCUGGGAUGGGAAGAGCAGUGCUGAGGAUUUGCAGAAGGUGGCUGCUGAUCUCAGGGCAUCCAUCUGGAAGCAGAUGGCUGAUGUUAGGAUCAAGUACAUCCCCAGCAACACUUUCUCAUACUAUGAUCAGAUGCUCGACGCUACCUCCAUGCUUGGCGCUGUUCCACCCAGAUAUGGAUGGGCCGGCGGGGAGAUAGGAUUUGAUACCUACUUCUCCAUGGCCAGAGGUAAUGCCUCUGUGCCCGCAAUGGAGAUGACCAAGUGGUUUGACACCAACUACCACUUUAUUGUCCCUGAACUCGGACCUGAUAUGAAUUUCACUUACGCUUCCCAUAAGGCAGUGAAUGAGUACAAGGAGGCCAAGGCGCUUGGAGUAGAUACAGUUCCAGUCCUCAUUGGCCCAGUAUCAUACUUGAUGCUCUCCAAACCCGCCAAGGGUGUUGAUAAAUCCUUUUGUCUUUUUUCUCUCCUCCCAAAAAUCCUUGCUGUCUAUAAGGAAGUUGUGGCUGAUCUUAAGGCAGCUGGUGCUUCUUGGAUUCAAUUUGAUGAACCAACCCUUGUCCUAGACCUUGAGCCUCAAAAGUUGCAAGCAUUUUCUGCAGCAUACUCCGAACUUGAAUCUGCUUUAUCUGGCUUAAAUGUUCUUAUUGAGACCUACUUUGCUGACAUUCCUGCUGAGGCAUAUCAGACCCUCACAGCUCUUAAUGGUGUCACAGCAUUUGGAUUUGAUUUAGUUCGUGGAACUAAGACUCUUGAUCUGAUCAAGGGUGGAUUUCCCAGUGGAAAAUACUUGUUUGCUGGAGUGGUUGAUGGAAGGAACAUUUGGGCUAAUAACCUUGCUGCUUCUCUUGAUACAUUAAAUAAUCUCGAGGGCAUCGUGGGCAAAGAUAAACUUGUUGUGUCCACCUCCUGCUCGCUUCUUCACACUGCUGUUGAUCUUGUUAAUGAGACCAAGUUGGAUAGUGAGAUAAAAUCAUGGCUGGCUUUUGCUGCUCAAAAAAUUGUUGAAGUUAAUGCAUUGGCCGAGGCAUUGUCUGGUCAAAAGGACCAGGCCUUCUUCUCUUCUAAUGCUUCAGCUCAGGCUUCAAGAAAGUCCUCUCCAAGAGUGAAUAAUGAGGCUGUUCAGAAGGCUGCUGCUGCAUUGAAGGGUUCUGACCAUCGUCGUGCCACGAAUGUCAGCGCCAGAUUGGAUGCUCAACAAAAGAAGCUCAACCUUCCAAUCCUCCCAACCACCACUAUUGGAUCCUUCCCUCAGACUGUUGAACUCAGGAGGGUGCGUCGUGAAUACAAGGCUAGCAAGAUCUCAGAGGAAGAGUAUGUUAAUGCAAUUAAAGAGGAAAUCCGCAAAGUUGUCGAACUCCAAGAGCAGCUUGAUAUUGAUGUCCUGGUACAUGGGGAGCCUGAGAGGAAUGAUAUGGUUGAGUACUUUGGGGAGCAGUUGUCAGGCUUUGCCUUUACCGUUAAUGGGUGGGUGCAAUCUUAUGGAUCUCGUUGUGUGAAGCCGCCAAUCAUCUAUGGUGAUGUGAGCCGUCCAAAGGCAAUGACUGUCUUCUGGUCAUCUCUUGCUCAAAGCAUGACCAAACGCCCAAUGAAAGGAAUGCUUACUGGCCCUGUCACCAUUCUCAACUGGUCCUUUGUUCGAAAUGACCAGCCUAGGUCUGAAACUUGCUAUCAGAUUGCUUUGGCUAUCAAGGAUGAAGUAGAAGAUCUCGAAAAGGCUGGAAUUACUGUUAUCCAAAUUGAUGAGGCUGCUUUGAGAGAGGGGUUGCCAUUGAGGAAGUCAGAGCAAGGUCACUACUUGGACUGGGCUGUCCAUUCCUUCAGGAUCACCAAUGUUGGUGUGCAGGAUACUACUCAGAUCCACACUCACAUGUGCUACUCUAACUUCAAUGACAUCAUCCACUCCAUCAUUGAUAUGGAUGCUGAUGUGAUUACCAUUGAGAACUCUCGCUCUGAUGAGAAGCUCCUGUCAGUUUUCCGCGAAGGAGUUAAGUAUGGUGCUGGAAUUGGCCCUGGAGUGUAUGACAUUCACUCCCCAAGAAUACCACCAACUGAAGAAAUUGCUGAUAGGAUCAACAAGAUGCUUGCAGUUCUUGAGAAAAACAUUUUGUGGGUCAACCCUGAUUGUGGGCUCAAGACUCGCAAGUACCCAGAGGUGAAUCCAGCCCUCACAAACAUGGUUGCUGCCACAAAAGUCAUUCGCAACCAGCUUGCCAGUGGAAAAUGAAUGGCGUAACCGAAGUAGAGUCUCGGUAAUCACCAUGGUUCUGCUUGAUUCACGGAGAAAGGAAAAUUUUCUAUUUUGGUUGUUGCAAUAAACUCUGUUGAAUAUUUAGGUGUUUAGUUUAUUCGUCCCAGCAUUUUUGUAUUUUUGUGGCAUUGCCUCUGUUGUAUUGAUGAGCAAAUGCAAUAUAUCGGUACAUUUU